CCGGAGCUUUUUAGGGCCAGAGCCGGAGCUUUUAGGGCCAGAGCGGAAGGAGAGACCCGGGUCUGCAGGUUCUCCAGGUCCUGCCGGAGGUUCAGGUUCUGGUCUAGACCGGCAGGGGCCCCGGACCGGUGCCAUGAGGAACUCCAGACAUGUCUCUGAACUACAUCAAGAACUUCUACGAAGGAUGCCUCAGGCCUCCGACCGUCAUUGGUCAGUUCCACACCCUGUUCUUCGGCUCGGUGCGGAUGUUCUUCCUGGGCGUCCUGGGCUUCGCCGUCUACGGGAACGAGGCUCUGCACUUCAGCUGCGACCCGGACCGCCGCGAGCUCAACCUGUACUGCUACAACCAGUUCCGACCCAUAACCCCCCAGGUGUUCUGGGCGCUGCAGCUGGUGACGGUUCUGGUCCCGGGCGCCGUGUUCCACCUGUACGCCGCCUGUAAGAACAUCGACCAGGAGGAGAUCCUGCAGAGACCGACCUACACCGUCUGCUACAUCAUCUCCGUGCUGCUGCGCAUCAUCCUGGAGGUGGUGGCCUUCUGGCUGCAGAGGCACCUGUUCGGCUUCCAGGUCCUCCCGGUGUACAAGUGCGACGCCAGCGCCCUGGAGAAAACCUUCAACGUGACCAAGUGCAUGGUUCCCGAGCACUUUGAGAAAACCAUCUUCCUCAGCGCCAUGUACACGUUCACCGUCAUCACCAUCCUGCUCUGCAUCGCCGAGAUCUUCGAGAUCCUCUGCCGGCGGCUCGGCUAUCUCAGCAACCCGUGAGCGGGAGGGAGGACGGCGUUCCUGGAGUUCCUGGAAUUCCUGGAGUUCCUGGAGUUCCUGACAUUCCUGGCGUUCCUGGAGGUUCCUGGAAUUCCUGGAGUUCCUGGCGUUCCCUGGAGUUCCUGGUAGUUCCUGGAGUUCCCGGAGUUCCUGGAGUUCUUGGCGUUCCCGGAGUUCCCGGAGUUCCCGGCAUU